AUGGCUGUCGUCGGCAUGUCUUGGAAUGAGGCCAAGAAGUUGUGUCCGCCGGGGGUUAGCGUUGUCUGCAAUAAUGCCAAGGAUUCAGUCGUUGUGUCGGGCAUUUAUGACGAAACUAAAAAACUGAUUGAAUCGCUGAACAAGAAGGGAGUGUUUGUUCGCGAACUCGAAAGCCAUGGCAUACCAUAUCAUAGCGAAUAUCUGUUGACUUGUGCCCAGAAGAUGACCGACGAGAUCAGGAAAUGUGUUCCCAAUCCUAAGCUCAGGUCAAAGAAGUGGAUUUCGACCGCAAUUCCAGAUUCUGUGGCGAAGGAUGAGCUGCGAUACGCGUCGGCCGAGUAUUUCGUCCAUAACCUCAUUAGUCCCGUCUAUUUCUACAACAAAAUCCCUCAAAUGCCAGUCGACGCCAUUGUGGUCGAGUUGGGACCGCACGCGCUCUUCUCCAAACUGGUCACACAAUCACUCGAGUCCUCCACUUAUCUGUCGUUAAUUAAAAAGGACUCAAACGACACAAAUCUGGACAUGUUUUUGGCAUCAAUUGCCAAACUCUACGAAUUGGGAUUAAAUCCGGCGAUNUUCUCCAAACUGGUCACACAAUCACUCGAGUCCUCCACUUAUCUGUCGUUAAUUAAAAAGGACUCAAACGACACAAAUCUGGACAUGUUUUUGGCAUCAAUUGCCAAACUCUACGAAUUGGGAUUAAAUCCGGCGAUUGAGGAGCUGUACCCUCGGGUGGAGUGGCCGGUGGCCCGGAAUACUCAAUCGAUCAGCUCGUUGUGGCGCUGGGAUCACAGCGACAACUAUUACGUCCGCCGGUUUCCCGACUUUCAUUUCAAAGCCAGCGCUUCCGAUAUGAAUGAAUCGAUAUCACUGUCGCAGUCAUUCAAAUGUCAUUUACCCGACCAUUGCAUCGAUGGUAAUGUCAUAUUCCCGGCCACCGGUUAUCUGUUGCUCGCGUGGAGACAAUUGGCCGCCAGUCGGGGCCGACUCUGGAAUCAAAUACCCGUUGUUUUCGAAGACAUUCAGUUCCGAAGAGCUGUGUUUCUGUCGGACACCGAAACAACUAAACUCAAAGUUAAACUCUUUGAACAAACGGGUGAGUUUGUUGUCCUCGAGAAUAACAAUAUCUCAUGUUUGGGCCGAAUCCGUACGUCUGACGAAGAAAUACUUUGUGUCCAGAGUUUGAUUGAAGAGCAGAAUAGUGUUGCGAAUGAGAUGGAGAUCACGAUUGAUGCCAACGAUAUCUAUAAGGACUUGCGAGUCAUGGGUUACGACUACGGACUCAUGUUUAGAGGGCUCAAGAAUAUUAAGACAAACGACUUCCAGACUAUGAACGGAACCGUUGAAUGGGAGGGAAAUUGGGUGACAUUUAUGGAUUCGCUGCUGCAGUCGAUGGCCAUCGCUAUGCCGUUCAGAAAGAUGAUGGUUCCGGUGAUGAUCAAGUCGUUGAAAUGCAAUCCCAAAGUGCUCUACGAAGCGCUCACUAAGAAUAAAGUGGUCGAAGAGGAAGGGAAGCGACGGAUUGAGGAGAAGGUCGCCGAAGAUCUGGAGCAAAACACGAUGGAGACCACCGAUGAGGGACUCCUCGAAGCCAACGAUUCUCAGCAACUGUUGGAAGAGUUCGCCGAACAGAAGUUUCACGUCUAUAAGUCUGUUCUGCCAUUUCAUGUGGACAUGAAUUCCCGAAUGAUUGUCACCCAUGGGGUGGAGAUCGAGGACCUGAUGGCACUUCCCAUUCCUCGUCGGUCUAAUAUAUUGGACUUAAAGCUGGAGUCGUAUCAGUUCGUCGCCAACGAUGAACACAAUGCUAUCGAGUCUUACGAUCGAAAUAAAAUUGAAGAGUAUUUAAAGGAUGCGAACGAUAACGUGGAUCAAAAACUGGCCGUUUCUAAGGCUAACGCUUUUGUUUGCGAUAUCAAGAAUAGACCAGAAUUUGAUAUGAGUUUAGAUGUGGUAAAUCAGGUCUCAAAGAAUGAGCACUUGAUUCGCUCUCUUCUGGAUAUUGUCAGUGAGAAUAAUGUCCCCAAAAAAGAGAUUAAAGUCUUGGAAAUCAAUUUAACAAAUGGUCUGAUGGCCAGAGAAGUGGACAAUCAUUUGGCUUCGUCUGCUAUUUAUCCAAUUGAUGUCAACUAUACUAUUGCUCUCAAAUCUAUUGAUGGCAUUCACGACGACUUUAAGAAACAAUCGUUUGAAUUGAACGAAUGGAAUCACAAGACGUGUGUCUUUCCAUCAGACAUAUCGCCCAAAGACUUAAUUAUCAUUAAUGACUCCCAAGACUUAUAUGACAUCAAACUCGAUGAUCACAUCCAAGAAGUGUACGACUGUCUGACAGACAACGGAUUCUUAAUCUCUGUUUUCCGGACAAAACUCACUGAACCCGAAAUGACUUUAAAUUCAAUGAACGGUAAAAAGUAUUUACAAAACCAGGACUUAGAGAAAAGAGUCACCGAUUUCUCAAUAACCGCCAAAAAUACUGGUUUAGCCCUAAUUAGCAGUAAAUUUGAUUCAAUUGGUUCAAUGGCUUUGCUAUUUAGAAAAGCAUUCACUAAACCAAUCGCUCCGACAGUCGACCAGAUUAUUGCGAUUAAUUCCGAUCACAAGAAUUGGUUUGAUUUACUUAAAGACAAAUUGAAGGCAAAUAACGAAGACGAAGAAAAUAAAGAUAAAAUAUGGCUCAUUGCCAGUGAUUCUGCUAGUAAUGGUAUCAUUGGUCUCAUUAAUUGUCUGCGUUUAGAGCCGGGAGGAGAUAGCAUUCGGUGCCUCUACGACGCCGACCGUCUCCUAACACUUCCCAUUGACUUUAAGAGCAGACCCUUCGCUGAUAUCGUGUCCAAUGAUUUGGCCAUAAAUGUAGUGAAGAACGGAAAGGUCGGCACUUAUAGACACUUUACUUUAGCAAAAGAUUACGACAAAACCGAGUCGAGUGACUAUUUCCUAAAUGUGGGCCACAAUCGAGAUCUUUCGAGUUUGCAAUGGUUUGACUCCAAUAAUAUCGUACCGAAGACUCAAUCGUUUGACAUUUCAAACAAUGCGGCCAAACAAAUCCAUUGCGAUGUCUAUACGUCUGGUAUUAAUUUUCGCGAUGUUAUGUUCGCAACAGGUCGGAUCGCUUCGGGACCGCAACUCUUGUUCACCGAUUGUUUGAUUGGCUUAGAGUUUGCCGGAAGAAGAAGUGAUACGGGAGAGAGAGUCUGCGGCUUUGAUAUAAGCCGCUGUUUCGCCACAUCUAUUAACGCUAAUGAGGGACUCAUAACAGCCAUUCCCGACCACUGGUCUAUGGAGGACGCGGUCACUAUUCUGUGCACUUAUAGCACUGUAUGGUAUGGUUUGAUCGAAAGGGCGAUAUUGAAGAAAAAUGAAAGUAUUCUCAUUCAUUCGGGCGCCGGUGGUGUGGGUCAGGCGGCCAUCAGAGUCUGUCAGUUCUAUGACUGCGAUAUCUUUGUGACGGUCGGCACUGAAGACAAGAAACAGUUUUUGAUGAAUGAAUACAAUAUUCCGGAGAACAGAAUAUUUAGCUCAAGAGAUAUUCAGUUUAAAUACAAAAUUAAAUCUUUGACGAAAGGGAAAGGCGUUAAUUUGGUGCUCAACUCUCUGACCGGUGAUAAACUCGACGCAAGUUAUGAAUGCGUUGCCGAUUGCGGGAGAUUUAUAGAGAUCGGCAAAUAUGACCUCCAAAUGAACAAACAGUUGGGAAUGUUUUCAUUCCUUAGAGACAUCUCAUUCAUCGGCGUAUCAGUCGAUAGGAAACUAUACUUUGAAAACGGAUUUGUAGAUAGAUUUUAUAAAUGGAUGCACGAGAACUGUGACAACGGAAUGAUUACACCAAUCAAUAGAACCGUCUUUAAGGCCGAAGAAGCGGAGAAAGCGUUUAGAUAUAUGACAACCGGUAAACACAUGGGAAAGAUUGUCAUCAAAACGAGAGAUGAAGAGACAGAUAGAAAACCAUUAACUCUUAUCAAUCCUUCAGUCACUUUGAAAGUGACUUCGAAAACAUAUUUCAAUCCAAACAAGACUUAUAUAAUAACCGGAGGUUUGGGUGGAUUUGGUCUGGAAUUAGUCCAUUGGAUGCUCUUCUUAGGCGCGCGAAAGUUUGUCUUAACGUCGAGAUAUGGUGUGAAACAGGAUUACCAGAAGUAUGUAUUGAAUCGCAUUUCAUCAAUGGGUGGGAACUUCAAAAUGUUUGAGACAGAGAUUGUUGUCUCCACUCAUGACACCAACACAUUNGGUCUGGAAUUAGUCCAUUGGAUGCUCUUCUUAGGCGCGCGAAAGUUUGUCUUAACGUCGAGAUAUGGUGUGAAACAGGAUUACCAGAAGUAUGUAUUGAAUCGCAUUUCAUCAAUGGGUGGGAACUUCAAAAUGUUUGAGACAGAGAUUGUUGUCUCCACUCAUGACACCAACACAUUAGAUGGCAGUCGACAACUGAUGACUGACGCCAACAAAUUGGGUCCAAUCGGCGGAGUCUUUCAUUUAGCUCUCGUCCUCAAUGACUGUCUUCUUGAGAAUCAAACAUACGAUAGAUUCCAGGAAACCAUUGAUUCAAAAGUUACAACUUUUAAGAAUUUGGAUCAAAUGACUCGAGAAAUGGCCACAGAUUUGGACUAUUUUGUGGUCUUUUCAUCUGUAAGUUGUGGUAAAGGAAACGCCGGGCAAUCAAACUAUGGUUUCGCAAACUCUAUUUGCGAACACAUCUGCGAACAAAGACGUGCCACAGGUUUACACGGUUUGGCCAUUCAAUGGGGACCUAUCGGUGACGUCGGAGUAUUGGCCGAAACAGAUGUCGUCAACUCUUUGGCCGGAAUUGUGAAACAACGGAUCAAUUCUUGUUUAGAUAUUUUGGAUAAAUUACUUCAAUCUCGCGAUGCGAUCGUCUCAUGUGUUGUGAGUUUG